CCAGAUAUUCUUGGCCUCACUGGCAGUGUCGCAUCGAUAAAUAUCUCCUCGCCACCGUGCCGGCUGCUGCGUGUUGCCAUCGGAGCCUCACUGGCAGUGUCGCAUCGAUAUAUCACUCUGUCCAGUUACUCGGCUGCGGCGGAGCGCAGCGGAGUGGCCGAGGCGAUGGCUCCGAGGGACCCCAAGGACGGAGGAGCCGGGGACGGCGGUGGCGCCGGCGCCGGCGCGGCGGAUCCGGAGGCCGACAUCGAGACCCCGUUGCUUGCCUCCUCCAGCUCGUCCUUCUUCCUGGACCCGGCGGGCGAGGACGGCGACGAUGGCGCCGACGAGCGGCGCCGGCGGCGGAGGCGGCUCCUCCUCGGCAGCCACACGCAGUCCAACACCACCUCCCAGGUCGCGCUCGUCGGCGCCGACGUCUGCCCCAUCCAGAGCCUCGACUACGAGCUGAUCGAGAACGACGUGUUCAAGCAGGACUGGAGGGCGCGGGGCCGGGGCCACAUCCUGCGCUACGUGGCGCUCAAGUGGGCCCUCUGCUUCCUCGUCGGGGCGCUCGCCGCCGCCGCCGGCUUCGUCGCCAACAUCGGCGUCGAGAACGUCGCCGGCGCCAAGUUUGUCGUCACCUCCAACCUCAUGCUUGAGGGCGAACACGGGUCGGCAUUUGCGGUGUUCCUGGCGUCCAACUUUGCGCUCACCAUGUUAGCGGCGGUGCUGACGGUGUAUGUGGCGCCGGCGGCCGCCGGAUCAGGCAUUCCGGAGGUCAAGGCUUACUUGAACGGCGUCGACGCCCCAAACAUAUUCUCUCUGAAAACUCUGAUAGUGAAGGUUGUGGGAUGCAUUGCUGCAGUAUCGUCAUCGCUGAAUGUGGGAAAAGCAGGUCCAAUGGUACAUACAGGUGCAUGCAUUGCAUCAAUACUUGGGCAAGGCGGGUCACAGAAAUAUCACAUGACAUGUAAAUGGCUAAAGUACUUCAAGAAUGAUAGGGAUCGGAGGGACCUUGUUACUUGUGGUUCUGCUGCUGGUAUUGCCGCUGCUUUCCGGGCACCAGUUGGUGGAGUCCUUUUUGCCCUGGAAACAGUAUCUUCAUGGUGGAGGAGUGCCCUGCUAUGGAGAGCCUUUUUCACAACAGCAAUGGUCGCUGUUGUCCUUAGGGCAUUGAUAGACUUCUGUAAAAGUGGAAGGUGUGGCUUAUUUGGGAAAGGUGGCCUUAUAAUGUUUGAUGUGGCAGCAGAUUAUGUCACCUACCAAUUGGUCGAUUUACCUCCAGUAAUCACUCUAGGGGUUUUUGGAGGAAUACUGGGGAGUUUGUACAACUUUUUCCUGGACAAGGUUCUCCGUCUCUACAAUCUUAUCAACGAGAAAGGAAAAACAUACAAACUGCUCCUGGCUGCAACAGUCACUGUUUGUACAUCCUGUUGUCUCUUUGGCUUGCCAUGGGUUGCAUCUUGCAAACCUUGUCCAACUAAUACAGAAGAAGCUUGCCCGUCAAUAGGGAGAUCUGGUAAUUUUAAAAAGUUCCAGUGUGGAAUGAAUGAAUACAAUGACCUGGCUAGCCUGUUCUUCAACACCAAUGAUGACACUAUUAGAAACCUUUACAGUGCUGGCACUGAUGAUGAAUUUCACAUCUCUUCGAUACUUGUGUUCUUUGCUGCGUCAUAUUUUCUUGGCAUUUUCAGCUAUGGCCUUGCCCUACCAUCUGGCCUUUUUGUGCCUGUUAUUUUGACUGGCGCAGCUUAUGGUCGUCUGGUAGGCAUGUUGAUUGGGUCACAAUCAACUUUGGAUCAUGGUCUUUUUGCGGUUCUUGGCUCUGCUGCUCUUCUAGGUGGAUCGAUGAGAAUGACCGUCUCAGUUUGUGUUAUUAUCCUGGAACUGACUAAUAAUCUGCGUAUGCUUCCUCUAGUUAUGCUUGUCCUUCUGAUAUCCAAGGUGGUGGCAGAUGCUUUCAACGAAAAUGUCUAUGAUUUGCUUGUUAGAUUGAAAGGAUUUCCUCAUCUUGAAGGAUAUGCUGAACCCUACAUGAGGCAAUUGUCAGUCAGUGAUGUUGUAACUGGCCCUCUACAAACAUUCAGUGGUAUAGAGAAGGUUGGCCAUAUAGUGCAUGUCUUGAAGACAACUGGUCAUAAUGGUUUCCCUGUAGUUGAUGAGCCACCGUUUUCAGAUAGUCCUACGUUAUAUGGUCUAAUUCUUCGAGACCACCUGCUUGUUCUAUUGAGAAGAAAAGAUUUUGUCAGUAGUUGCACGGCUUCUGCACUGAAUGCUUCAAAGCAUUUCGCACAUGAUGAGUUUGCUAAACGUGGAUCAGGAAAACAAGACAGGAUUGAGGACAUUGAAUUAAGUGCAGAAGAACUGGAAAUGUUUGUAGACUUGCAUCCAUUCACAAACACGUCUCCUUAUACUGUCCUUGAGACUAUGUCUUUGGCUAAGGCUCUUAUACUUUUCCGUGAAGUUGGAUUGAGGCAUCUUUUGGUUCUGCCAAAAUCCUCUACGAGGGCACCUGUUGUUGGCAUACUGACAAGGCACGAUUUCAUGCCUGAACAUGUACUGGGUCUGCAUCCUUUCCUCUUCAAGAGCCGAUGGAAGAAGGUGCGACUUGGCGGUUCACACGUUGGUGCAGGAAAUGACAUGUUGUAAAGCGCUAAAAAGAGGAUGGAACAUGGCUAUUAACAAGUUAUUUUCGCAUGAACAAGAGGAUAGAACAACAUGUUGAUGUAAAUUCGUUCCUGCGCAGCAGCUGAACUGAUGAGUUUGUUACCGGGUCGAUUGGUGGUGUUGUGCUCAAUCUCGUUUAUUCCUCA